AUGGCUAUGGAGCGAUCUUCUGUAUCUGUUUGGUUUGAGCCCAUGGCUGAUUUUUAUGCUACUUCGAUUGAUGAAGAACUACGUCUGGAAGAGGCCGAACUUCAUGAUAAAGAGCAAGAGCUUCUUGUUGCAAUUAAUCCACCAUCUUCAAUUGAAGCUUCGGUUCCUCUAGUUGAAGCUUAUAGUUCUCAAGUGGCUCCUAAAGUUCUUGAGGUUCUUCCCGUAGAAACUCCUGCUGUCUCUUUGCCAAUUGUUUCUUCAUCAGUGGUUGUUGCUUCUUCACCAGCCACUUCCCUUCCCGUUAUCGAGUUUACAUCCCUUGCAAGCUCAGGAAAAUCCCUUACUGAAAUUGCCCCUAGCAAACGCCCGGGACGCAAACUCACUAGAGCUCCCCCCUCAAAAAGGAGACUCAUUCUUCCUGCUAAGGAAUUACCCUCAGAAGAUUUUGCUUCCGCUACUCUUUCUUCUACCGAGUCUACUUGGGACGAUCUCUACCCUUCCCCUAUUUUUCCUUCCUCUUCCUCUUCUAGCAAUAUUGCCCCUGGCAGUACUUCUUUUACCUUUCCCUUAUCUGUUUCAGAAUCUGGGUCUUUACCUCCUUCCUCCUCUUCUUAUUUGGAUUUUGCUCCCCCUUCUAUUCCAACUUCCUCUUUUUCUACCACUUCAUCUUCUAUCCCUGUUCUUCCUAUACUGCUGGGAGAGAAGCAGGUUGUUAAGACAGACAAACUGAAAUCUGAUUACAAGUCUACCUUAGCUGACAAACUCAAAGCUUUACAGUUGAAGGAUAAUGAAAUAGCUUCUUUAAACACUUCCCUGAAUACAGCUAAAACAGAGGCCUCCACAAAAGAUGCUGAACUGAGGUCUUCCUAG